AGCGGAAUUGGCGGCGCGGCCGUGCACGCAGGCCCGGGGCCGGAGCGAUGCCGCUGCACCGCUUCCCGCCGCGGCUCUGGGCCGCCAUGCGGAUGCGGGAGGGCAUCUGCGCCCGCCUGCCGCAGCACUACCUGGCCUCGCUGCAGGACGACACGCCGCCCACGCCGGUGCACUGGGAGCCGCACGGGCUGCGCUACCGGCGGAACCCGCGCACCGGGCAGCGCGAGCGCGUGCAGGACGUGCCGGUGCCCGUGUACUUCCCGCCCGCCGCCAACGAGGGGCUCUGGGGCGGCGAGGGAUGGGUGCGCGGCUUCCGCUACGCGCGCAACGACAAGCUCUCCACCAGGCUGCCCAAGACGUGGAAGCCGCAGCUGUUCAAGCGGCAGUUCUACAGUGAGAUCCUGGACGCCACGCUGACCAUCACCGUCACCAUGCGCACGCUCGACCUCAUCGACGCCGCCUUCGGCUUCGACUUCUACAUCCUCAAGACUCCCAGGGCUGACAUGUGCUCCAAGCUGGGCAUGGACCUGAAGAGGACGAUGCUGCUGCGCCUGGCCCGGCGCGACCCCGCGCUGCACCCCGACGACCCAGCCCGCAGAGAGGCCAUCUAUGACAAGUACAAGGAAUUUGUGAUCCCAGAGGAAGAAGCUGAAUGGGUUGGCUUGAGUUUGGAAGAAGCCAUAGAAAAACAGAGGCUCCUGGAAAAAAAGGACCCUGUUCCCCUCUUCAAGGUGUAUGCUGAGGAGCUCGUCAGCCAGCUGAGGGAGCAGCAGCAGGCAGUGCAGAAGCAGUAGAAGGAAGAAACCUUGGCAGCAAUACCCUGCUGCAGAGAAAGCAGUGGGGUUCAGGGGCUCUGCUGCCUCAACCAGGCUGCUGGGGAAGGGGCCACGUGAAAACCACGUUGCUGAAGUGCCAUGAGAGCCUAAAUUCAGUGAGGACCUGCUCCUCUGGGCUGAGGAAAGAGUUUCUGUGCUGUGGCUCAGAGAUCCACUCACUCUGUGGAUCUUGUGCCUGUACAAGCAGUUGGCUGCUGUUGAGAGCCCACCUGUGAUACAAAAUACACAUUUUGGUAUCAAUAAACUUCUCUCUGAUA